CUUAAACACGGGGCAUUUCUUCAACGCCGGUGAAGAGAAAAGGUUUUGCACGAAAAUUUUUUCAACGCUGGAAUCACUAAUUUCUAUCCAAAGAGCCUAUAUUAACACAAACCACCCGAACUUUCUGGGUGCUGCAGCUGCAAUGUCUUCGAUCAUCCAAAACAAGCAAGAACAGGACAGAAAGGCGGCAUUGGCCGACGAUAGGAAAAAGCGAGCGCCAAGCCGGCGCUUGCAACACCAUCUUCCUGCGCAAGGAAGCCAAUGGCGAGACAAGCUACGUUGGCACAAACACCGACUGCAUCGGUAUCCGCGAAGCCCUGGUGCAGAACCGCCCCGAGGGCACCGAGGACCCUUACCGGAGAAUCACUUUUCGCAGCUCGUGCUCAGCCCCAAAGGUGGGUUUGUCCGGCUGGAACAUCUGGACAACGCCGUGGAUUCAAGCACUCUCAUGCCAGGCAAGGAGCCUCUGGUGUUUCGUGAUCCAACUCGGUCAAAUCUGUGCGCAUUCGACGGAUUAAGCUCGCCGAUAACGCGACCAGCUCUUUCUUGACACCUUCAAGGCUGUCCAGGCAACCAUAGGAGUCUUCUAUACUGAUCUGCGUUGGCAGGGCAUUUU